UGUCGCCGAGGUGGCUGUAUUCGAAGGCGAUAGUCUGUUCCGCUAAUCAUUGACAAAGCAAAUAAUGUGAUAACAUCGGCAAUUUGACCUCCAAAAUUUAUAAUUCUUCUUGAUCGAGAGUCCCAAAAUGUUUGGAAUGACGGGGUAUGCCGAUCAUUUAAUGAGCUCGGUGGUAGUUUGAAGAAAGAGUAAGUCGGGGAGCCAUUUUGUCUCGGCAGGGUGAGAGAAAGAAAGUGGAAAAAGGGAAUCACACGGGAGAAUAUAUUUUUGUUGGUUUUUAUUCACAUGCUGUAAGAGAAACGGUUCUGUUUUGGAAAUAACAUUAGCUACUCGUCGGAUACUGUUGCGACACUCUACCCCCUGCGGUAUUUAGUUAACUAUCAAACUAACGUGGACAUCAACAUAUCAAAAUUACAAGCAGAUAUUAUACAGCGUUCCUCUGCUUGGAACGCGGGCUGGCUCUAGACCUGCGGUAGAUAGUUUAUCGUCUGUCUGGCGAACACAUCUGGUUUCUCAAUGGCGAAGAAGACCUACGACCUGCUUUUCAAACUCCUACUGAUCGGGGACUCGGGCGUGGGGAAGACCUGCGUGCUGUUCAGAUUCUCAGACGACGCCUUCAAUACCACCUUCAUCUCCACCAUAGGAAUAGACUUCAAGAUCAAAACUGUUGAACUCCAAGGAAAGAAGAUCAAACUACAGAUAUGGGACACAGCUGGUCAGGAGCGGUUCCACACCAUCACCACGUCCUACUAUCGAGGCGCCAUGGGCAUCAUGCUGGUCUAUGACAUCACCAACGCCAAGAGCUUCGAGAACAUCAGCAAGUGGCUCCGCAACAUCGACGAGCAUGCCAACGAGGACGUGGAGAGAAUGCUGCUAGGCAACAAGUGUGACAUGGAGGACAAGAGGGUGGUACCAAAAGCCAAGGGAGAGCAGAUUGCCAGAGAACAUGGUAUUAGGUUUUUUGAGACGAGUGCUAAGGCCAACAUCAGCAUCGAGAAGGCUUUCCUCACGCUAGCAGAAGACAUCCUCAGAAAGGUUGGUG